AAGUCACGCAAAAAAAAACGAAACCAAAAAGUAAGUCAGCCACUACAUUUGUCAGUCUCUUUCCCAGCGGGAAUUUGUGCAAAUAGAAGAUCCUGGAGUUGUCCCUCAGCCAAAUAUGAGCAGCUUGACGAAGCUAACCGAGUCGUCCCACAAACCUGAGGCCCGCCCCUGUUCUUCCUCGAGCCCGCCCGGCCAUUGGGCACCUCGCGGGUCAUUAGAACCAACAAAGAGAGACAAACCCAUCGGCUGACACUUUGAGCACGUCCAUAGCCAUUCGCAGGUAGUUAUGCCUCUCCGGGUAGUUGUGCAAGGUCCUGGGCCCUGGGGGUUCAGGCUGGUUGGAGGAAAAGACUUCGAGCAGCCGCUGACUAUUUCUCGGGUGACUCCUGGAAGCAAAGCAGCCGAGGCCAACCUCUGUAUUGGUGACGUGAUCUUGGCUAUUGAUGGUGAAGCCACAGACAAAAUGACUCACUUGGAAGCACAGAACAAAAUUAAGGGGUGCAUACAGGAGAUGGCACUUUCCAUAGACAGAUCAGAGAAUAAGUUGUGGUCGCCACUCACAUCAGAAGAAGGAAAAUCGCAUCCCUACAAGAUGAAUCUUGCAUCAGAGCCACGGGAAAUGAAACAAAUAGGCUCCGCCCACAACAGGAGUGCUCUGCCAUUCUCCAGUUUUGGUUCCAAGGUUGUGACCAACCAGUACAACAACCCAGCUGGCCUCUACUCCUCAGAGAAUAUCAAGAACUUCAACUCGGCUGUGGACGAAGUCAAAACUUUGAAAACCACCAACGAGGCUGACAAUGUAGCUGCAGAGCCAACAAAGUCCACCAAGCGGCCGCCUAUAGCAGCAGAUUCAGAGGUUUACAAAAUGCUGCAAGAGAACCAGGAGUCUGAUGAGCCCCCUCGACAGUCAGCUUCCUUCAAAGUGCUUCAGGAGAUUCUCGAGACUGGAAAUUCUGACAGACCAUCAGGGUUCAGGAGUGUGAAAGCACCGACAACAAAGAUUGGCUCCUCCGUUGGAAAUCCUGAGAAGCUGCCUAUCUGUGAUAAAUGUGGAUCAGGGAUUGUGGGGAUGGUGGUGAAGCUACGUGACAAGUUCCGACACCCUGAGUGCUACACCUGCACAGACUGCGACGUCAACCUGAAACAGAAGGGACAUUUCUUUGUGGAAGAGCAGAUUUACUGCGAGAAGCACGCUCGCGAGCGAAUGACCCCGCCCGAGGGCUAUGACGUGGUCACGGUCUUCCCCAAGUAGAGAGAUCAAGAAGUUCAGCCUCAGACUGCACACUGGGUUGUUUUUUUUUUUUUUUUAAGACUGUGCAAUACAUUUCGCUUCUACUUUACACUCUUGUGUAGACACUGGCAGAGUGGACGGAAGAUGUUGAUUUGCACGUAAGUGCUUUGGCAUUUGCAAUACAAGGUAAACACUUCAUACUUUCAGACUACAGUAAAUUCAUGUUUUGCCACUAAUUUGAAUGGUAAUCAGGGCAGUAUUCACAGGAAAAGAACCACUGAGUUUGUGGAUGUUUGUUUAAUGAUACUUUUUUGAGCCCUCGUGAGAACAACGGACUGUCAUGCUCGACAACACACAAAAUGCAUAAUUUUUGUACUGUUUUUAUUGAGAAGACCAACUAUGAUGCAAUAAUAUGGCAAACACAUUUUAAUACCCAUGCUAAAUAAAUGUUUUAAUUUUA